GGGCUCUGCCGCUGACUGGCUCUCGCUCGUCAGACAAACGAAACGACGACGACGACGGCAGACAUCUUUGUUUCCUGGCGGAGUGAACUAAAUCGCACUUUUACCGGAUUUAACCCGCGGUUCGGGUUCGUGCGCGCGUGGAAAUGCAUUAACGCGGCCGGCUGUCAUCCAGUGGAGUGUACUGUGCGCGUGCCGGAAGUGGCCAAGGGGCGAAAAAGUGGCCCUCGGAUUGCAAGCGGAAAAGUUCCUUCGAUUUCGGGCCCGCUCGCCUUGUGGAAGCUCCGCGGGGGGGUGAGAGGGAGAGCGAGAAGAAGAGGUGUGUAAAGUGCGCGAACGAGAUAAAGGGAGAGCGAGAGAGAAGAGGUGCAUGAGAAGAAGAAGCAGCAGCAGCAGGGCCAAGCAAACAUCAACAAAAGCGCGACUGUCGCGGCCGCUGCCGGUUUGUUGAGGGAGGAAGGGUCGAAGAAGAAGGACGAGGAGGAGGGAAGUGCAGCAGCUGCCGUGUUCGGAAGGAGAUUCGGGCUUGACGCAGAGACAAACUGGAACAGUAGACGGAAGUGAGAGGAGCACACAGCAGGAGGAGCCGGGAUGUCUUCCCACCAGGAUAUCAUGUGCGAGGUGGAGAUCGACUCCAACAUCGUGGAGGUGGUAGACCACGUGGACGGCCACUUUGGCGCCGAGAUGGGCGGUUACGAGCAGUACGAGGUCGGCGUCGACGAUCAGUACGAGGAGGUGACGUGCGAAACGGAAGAUUCCCAGGGACUGAUGAUGCAUCACAUGGACGACGACGAGGAGAUCCUGCACCAGGAGGCGGACAUUCAGGCCCACGAGGAAGUGCUGGACUCGUCGGGCGAUCCGAUGUGCGUGUACGGCGACAUUAAUCUGGAAAACGAGAUCUACAUCGAGUCAACGCCCGGACCGAGUUCACGGAAGCGAAAGUCCGGCAUGAAGCAGCCACGGAUCGUGAACCGAAUCCGGUCCAAUGACGUCCACAAUCUGACCGCGGUCGAAACGCUCGACGUCAAUCACAAGCCCCGGCGGUGGGAGCAGAAGCAAGUACAAAUCAAAACCAUGGAGGGCGAGUUCAGCGUCACGAUGUGGGCCUCCGGCACGGACGACGACGACGGCUCGAACCCGGAACCGGACCCGGACUACACGGAGUACAUGACGGGCAAGAAAAUCACCCAGGAUCAUCACUGCGGCAUGACCGGUAUCGAUCUGUCCGAUCCGAAGCAGCUGGCGGAAUUUGCCCGCCCCGGCCACAAAACGAAACUGGGAAAACUUUCGAGUGGAGGCGGUUCGUCCGGCGGAAUGUCGUCGAAGGCGGGUGGCGGCGGUGGUGGCGGAGCUACCUCCGGGGGUGAAUCGUCCGACCGGAACAUUGCCUGCCCGCACAAGGGUUGCAACAAAAUGUUCCGGGACAACAGCGCGAUGCGAAAGCACCUGCACACGCACGGUCCGCGCGUCCACGUGUGCGCCGAGUGCGGGAAGUCCUUCGUCGAGAGCUCCAAACUGAAACGGCACCAGCUGGUCCACACUGGCGAGAAACCAUUCCAGUGUACGUUCGAGGGCUGCGGCAAGCGGUUCUCGCUGGACUUUAACCUGCGAACGCACGUCCGGAUACACACCGGCGACCGGCCGUACGUGUGUCCGUUCGACGGGUGCAACAAAAAGUUUGCCCAAUCCACCAAUCUCAAGUCCCACAUCCUGACGCACGCCAAGGCCAAACGGAACAACAGUGGCGGCGGAGGAGGAAGCGGAGGUGGUGGAGGUGGCCGCAGCAACAACCUCAUGUCCCAACACGCCAUGAUGCCGUCGCAGUCGUACGUCAAGAUGGAACCGGUCGACGACAACGAUUCCCAGUACAUUGUCUACACGGAUUAGAGCGCGAAAGAGAGGUCGCAGGAGGUCGUCCGGAACAACAUACACAACUCAGGAGCGGAACUGGUUCUGUUUUGCUUCACGGAUCUUUUUUUUUAUUUUUCAAUUCCGCAGCAGGAAUUACGAGCAUCCUUAUUAUUUUUUUUGUAAUUUCAUACCCCCCUUAAAGUGCGUGCGUGUGUACAUAGAAGAAGAAGAAGAAGGAGAGAAAGAGUUCUUGCAAAGUCAGCAAAUCCAUGCAAUUUCCCGCUUUCCCCCCCAGUACAGGAUGUAUUUUGAAUUAUUUCUAGCGGCAGCAGUUUUACUUCUUUUUAAAAAGUUUCAAGCAAUUUGCCCCCUCCCCCCACACAAUUUGAUACACAUAAUGUUAGCGAGCAGAGCAUUAACGUUUAAUCUUUUUAUCAAACUGCAAACUUAUUGAUCCCAAUCGAUACUGAGAUUGGGCCGUUAGCAUCUGCAGCAGCAGGAGAAUAGAUUGAGUGGAGAAAGAAUUGUCCGAUGGAGAGAGCACACAGAGAUAGCGAAGGAGUAUCUGUCUAUUAUAUUUUUACAACACAAUGCAAAACAAAAAAACAAAAAUUCUAGUAGUGUAUAAUAAAUUUUGUGAGAAAUGAAAGUCUGGUGUGCGAGUUUGAGUGUGUGUGAAAGAGAGAAAAAAAAAACAACUCAAAAGCAACUCGUCCCGUUUUUCAAGCCACGAAACCAAAAAAAAACAAGUAAAACGCAAUUCUUUUCGACUGUUGCCAUACCCAGCAUAAACACAACACCCAUAAUCAGAAAAAGAGAGAGAAAAGCAACCACCCAUAAUAUGCGUGUGUGCCGUUCUUUCCUUGCUCUGUUUUUAUCCCUGCGUUCUCAGUCUUUUGUACCUUAUACAACACACUGCUUCUUACUUUACUCCUCGUGUCCCUUCCCCUCCCCUCCCCUGAUGAAUGAAUGGAUUUUUGGGCUGCCCGAACCCCCAAAACGCGCAGCAGAGUGUCGAGCGCGUGAUUGUCUCCUGUGCGUGUGAUUUAUCUGUAACAAUAAUUCUUACUGUAACGUUUAAGGUGAUUUAUUUUUUAAUAAGAAAACAAAAAACAAGCAAACAGAAAAGAUUGAAUGGAAACAAAAUCUACAAAAAGAAAAGAAAAAACAAACAAACAACAGCUGCAACACUGAUUUAUUAUUAGUUGUAAACAAAACAA